AUGGCUGCUACAGUUGCGUCUUGGUUUGGGUAUAAGCCCUCCGUCCUAGGAGACAAAAAGCUUACAGAAGAGCCACCCAAAUCCCUCCCAGCUUCGUGGUACUACUCCCCAGAGAUAUAUCAGUUGGAGCGAAGAGCUAUCUUUUCCAAGAAAUGGAUUCUGGUUACCCACAAGUUGCGCUUCACAAAACCCGGUGACUUUCUUCGGUUUGAGGAAGCUGGAUUCUCGUUUGUGUUGUGCCUUGAUCGAGAAGGUAACUUGAACGGUUUCCACAAUAUUUGCCGCCAUCGUGCGUUUCCACUCAUCUCAGAGAACGAGGGCAACGCCAAGAUUCUUUCGUGCAAAUAUCAUGGAUGGUCGUACGGUCUCAAUGGAAAGCUGGCCAAAGCCCCCAGGUUUGAUGACGUCCCGGGGUUCCAGAAAGAAAAUCAGAGCUUGUUCCCUGUACAUGUGCAUACUGAUGCUUUGGGCUUCAUCUGGGUGAAUCUCGACUCUUCUCCAGAUCCAGUCCCCUGGGAAGAAGAUUUCUACGGUGUCGACCGACAAGAACGAUUCCAGAGGUUCGACUUUACCCAGUACAAGUUCGACCAUACAUGGCAGAUGAACGGCGACUAUAACUGGAAGACACUGGCAGACAACUACAAUGAAUGCUACCAUUGCACUGUUGCGCAUCCCGAUGUGGCGAAGCUGGCUGAUCUGUCAUAUUACUAUACUGUAUCCACACCGGGGCAUAUCCAGCAUUUCUCCCGACCGAAGCCGGAUAAAGUUGAUGAGGAUAUCCAGAAUGCCAGCACUUAUUACUUUCCUAAUGCCUGCAUGACAGUCUCGCCUCAUUUCUUCUACAUGAUGCGAUGCGUCCCAACGUCUGCAGCAACUUGCUCCAUGGAAUACGAGGUCUACCGGCACGUAGAUGCCUCGGAUGAGGACUUUGAAUACAUUGACUCCUUCUUCAAGAGAGUCCUGGACGAGGACAAACACCUCUGUAAUGCUGCCCAGAAGAACCUGAAUGCUGGAGUGUUUGUUAAUGGUCAACUUCACCCUGACCUGGAGAGUGCGCCGUUGUUCUUUCAAAAUACUGUCAGGACCCUACUCCGAAGUCACCGGGGUGAGGAGCGAAGGUUACACAGAGAGAUCUGGCCAGCGCGGCAGCAUUCAGCAGGUCAGGCAACUGUAGAGGAUAUCGCUUUUUGUUCAGGGUUAGCAUGCUCAGUUGAUGGAUCUGCUGAACUGGAAUGGUAG